AUGAGUGAAGAGGAUUUUGCUAGCAAAUAUGAGAUCAAACAGAUCUUCAGUCGGCUCCAGAAGAAAUCUAUUAACAGACAGUGUUUUGACUGUGGAGCGAAGAAUGCCACGUGGACGUCGAUCCCAUUUGGUAUCUUUGUCUGCUUGAAUUGUAGUGCCAGCCAUAGAAAGAUGGGUGUCCACAUCAGUUUUGUCAAGUCAUCUACUUUGGAUCAGAAAUGGACCUAUAAACAAUUAAGGAUGAUGAAAUGUGGUGGCAACGAUAAAUUGCGUGAGUUUUUCCAGAAGAAUGGUGGUUCUGUUUACCUUACAAGGCCGCUACAGGAGAAGUAUACCUCCAACGUUGCAAAAAAUUACAAAGAGAAGUUGGCCCAGCAUGCAGAAUUGGACGGCAAGAGGUACGCGAAUAUCUUAGAAUGGGAAGACGGUUUGUUACCGGAGGAAAAAGAUGAGCGUGCUUCCAGUACAGAUGAUUUCUUUGCCAAAUGGGAGAGCUCCUCUUCAUCAAAUACACCUUCACCUUUAGGCUCUGGAUCCAUAACGCCUGCUAAUAAAUCCAAGUCGUCUUUGGUUGAUACGGACACUGAAAAGAAGGUGGCCGGUGCUACUAGAAGAUCUUCCGGUUCUGUAUUGAAAGGUUCCUCGUUGGGUGGAAGAAAGAAAAAUAUACUAGGAAGUGGAUCUGGUCACAGAAGCAAUGCCAAAUUAAACGUUAAAAAGGUGUCUCCAGAUAUCGAUUUUGAUGCCUUUGAGAAAGAGGCCAAGGAGGAGGAGAAAGAAGCUAAGAUUUUAGGAUACAAUCCUAGCUCGGAUGACAAUAAGACUAGUAAUUCAAGAACUCUCUCCCCUAGUUCUUCUUCUUCAUCGAAUGCUACUGCGAGAGUGUCACCACUUACUCUAUCGAAAGUUGGUUCUGGUUCCGGUAUUAAUAAGGAUAGAUCGGAUUCUUUUUCGGCUUCUUCAAGCAGAGCUUCAGCCUCUUUUCAGGCCGCUCCUGUCGAAGAUACUAGACAGUCAUUUGCCAAACUUGGAUUUGGUAUGACAUCUUCUUUACAGCCUGACACGAAGCAAUCUUCUUCUGGAAGGAGAUCCCAGGGCCCGAAAUACACAGGUGAUGUCUCCAAGAGAUUUGGUGGUCAAAAGAGUAUUUCUUCGGACCAGUUCUACGGAAUCAAUUCGUACGAUGAAGAGAAGGCCAAGGAGGCUAGGACUAGGUUAAAGGCAUUUUCAGGCUCUCAAUCAAUUUCAUCAUCUCAAUAUUAUGGAGAUGAUGAAGAAGCGCAAAUGAGAGCACAAGCAGGAAACGGAGAUCUCGAACAGAAGGUGACGCAGUUUGCUGAAAAGUAUAUGGGUGAUGAUAUGGCAGUUCUUAAAGGUGCAUUGGAAGAAGGAGCUGAAAAAUUGAGUGGCUAUCUUAGAGAUGUCAUGAGAUGA